AUGUCCUGUUGGUUCAAACUUCUGGCUUUGGUAUCCCUUCUGGUCGUCGUCGUCUCUUGCGAAGAGGAGUUCACCGAGGAGGAUCUUAUAGGUUUGAAAUUUGAAAAAAGCUUUUAUAGACUGUUCAAGUAAUGGCUCAAACUCCGCCCCUUAUACUUAGAGCAAACCGAUCAGAGAGCAAGCCAUCCACAGAGCUUUAUAGCGGGCGGAGUUUGCAGCUUGACAUUUAGAAUACAGAUUCAAUUAAACUCGAGCACAUGCUUAUUUUAUGAAAAAAAUAACUCAAAUCUUUCAAAAAUGAUAACUAUUUUCAACCUAACGCGUAUUUUUUCCAGCCUCUCUGUUAGGCGUAAUGAAAGAGGUCGGCAUUUCCGAAGGAACCCUUACUGGAAUCGAAAAGAUCGCAGUUUCCUACAAGGUACACAGUUUUUGAUAUUUUUUCCAGAAUAAUGAAAUAAAUUAAGCCGCAACUGCGAGAAACGCGUAUAAAGGACGACAACGAAGCUGGAAAAGCAGUUUUUGAAAAAAUGAGCGCUGAAAUCGACGCCUACGUCGCCAAAGCUUCCAAGGCAGAUCAAGUGAGUUUCCUGGGAAUAUAAAAUUUCUUUUUUGAACUUUUGACUGUCAAAAGUCAAAAAAAAAAACUUACAGGAAGCCCACAAGAAGUUCGUCGAGAAAGUCAAAGCACAAUUCGCAGCGCAGAAUCAAGAUCAAUGA